CUGUACGAUCUUUGAAGGCUGUAAGAUACUGGAAAUGUGUUGCUUUAAAUGGUGAGCACUGUUGAUUGCGUGGAGGUGAUGAGGUGGCCGGCUCGCUUGUGUUGCACAUUAUAGAGAGUUUGCCUAGCAUAAGGACGACUUGCUAUGUCUUCUCUCUAGGGUCGACUCGCUAUGCAUGAACCAGAAGAGCACAGACGAGAAAAAUCACCAGGUCCCUAUUAUGUCGAAGAUCUACGGCCUCGCCAGCAGCGUAUGCGUUUGGAUCGGCGCGGCAGACAAGGACAGCAAAAUCGCGCUCGACUUCAUCAAAGACGAAGUGCUUCGCAUUGAGCGCUUCGAUGAGCUGUGUGAAGAUAUCGCCUACAGUCACAAGUGGGGCGCGAUGGUGAAUCUGAUGAAACGGCCGUGGUUCUCUCGGCGCUGGGUGGUUCAAGAGAUUGCGUUGGCAAAUGAAGCGGUUAUAUACUGCGGCAAAGAUUCUAUCUCGUGGAAGAACUUCUCGGAUGCCGUGCAGUUAUUCGUCGAGGUUGAGACGACGACGCACAAGCUUUCGGAGGUGAUGAAGAUGGCUCCGAAGUUCUAUCAUGUGCCGGGGUGGUUUCAGUAUGUGUAUUGUUUCGGGUGUCGAAGCGUCAGAAGCGCCAGCCUUUGCUUAGUCUGGAGUACCUCGUGUCUACGCUGUUUGUGUUCCAGGCAACGGAACCGAGAGAUACAAUCAGCAAAGGCCCAUCUAAACGCAUGGUACCGCAACUUGAAAGCCAAGCCCUACAAAGUCGACUACAGCCUCCCUUUCAUCGCCAUCUGCCAAGAGUUCAUCCUCUUCUCGAUCCGCCAAUCCGAGAACAGAACACAAGCUCUCGACAUCAUCUGCAGGCCCUGGGCACCCACCCCGACCCCAAAGAAGCCUGAGAUCAAGGGAGAAGGCCACAGCAAGCCCGAUGAUUUCCCCAGCAAGGUCGACGACGACCAAACCAUGCCUUCCUGGAUCCCCAAGCUCUCCGGCGCCGCCUACGCCAUGUACACGCACCCCAAUGGCGAGCUAAAGAUGGGCCGCCAGAACGCAGAUCCCCUCGUCGGCCUCCCCGGCCUGAGCCACCGGAACUACAGUGCCGCUGGAAAUCGGGGAGCCAAUUUCGACGUGCUCAGAUUUCGAAAGCGAGAGGGCCAUUUUAGCAUGUAUGUCCUCGGGUUCGUGCUCGACCAGGUUGGCAAAGUAUCAAUACGGUCUCAAUCGGGCAACAUACACGAAGAAUGGGUUUCUCAGGGCGGCCGGAAGGACAUCAACGAUGACCCGCCGCAAGAAUUUUGGCGCACUUUAGUCGCAGAUCGAGGCAAACUUGGCCGGGAUGCGCCGAAAUAUUAUGCGAGGGCGUGUAAAGAGAGCAUUACGAAGGGGCUUCCGAGCGGGAGCUUGAAUACGACGGAGCUGAUCAAUGAUGUGAGGUCUUCUGUUGUUGCGGAGUUCUUUCGCAGGGUCCAGGCAGUGAUCUAGAAUAGGAGCCUUAUGCGGACGAGGAACGGUGAUUUGGGGAUUGUGCGUAAAGACGUCAAAGAGGGCGACUUGAUAUGCAUCUUGUACGGAUGCAGUGUUCCUGUGGUUUUGAGGAGGUUUGAGAAAACGGUUGACGAGAUGGCGAAGGAGCAGGCGGAAGACGAGAUGGAAGUAGCGCGAUAGAGGGAGAUAGCGGCAACCAAGAUCCAGCAAGGGUUCAGGGAGAGCCGGAAACGAAAGAGGGACCUUCAUGAAGAGACUG